AUGGGGCACCAUUUCUCACUCACUAGUCUGUUAAUUUCCACACUUGCUUUCAACGCUGGAGCACGACACAUUCAUCCAUACAAGCAUGAGGCUGUCCAGAUCGCGCGGCGACAGGUUGGGCCUCCUAUUUCUGCAACGCCCACCGAUAUGGCCGCCGCCACAACAUCUCCAGCAAUCCUGACGUACAUUACGCCUUCACCCGGAGCAUCACCCGUUGCAAUUACAGAACAGAGCCAGCUGGUAGAAUCUUUCGUUGCAGAAUACACAAUUUGCGAGCUGCCACCACAGGCACUCAUCCCAAUCACUCCAGUCCCAUCCACCCUUGCGACGACAGCUAGAUACCAUAACUAUUCGAUUUCGAUUCCCCCCGGCACUGGCUCUUGUACGACAAUCUACAUCCCAACUCAGACUAUGGUCUGUGCCACGACCUUGACUGCUCUCGUUGAAAAGGUUACCGUUACCAAUUGCGCUCAGGACAUCACUUUCUCCUCCGAGUACGGCUACGUUCUCGCCUCUCCGACCGCUGCUUCUAAUUAUUCCGGUGUUGCAAGCGCUGGCACCGCAAUGAUCACCCCCAAGCCUACUGUCCAAAGGCUCACAACGUACUUCAUUGCCCCAUGGGAGGACGUCACAGCCGGAACUGCUCCUUCGGACGUUCGCCUCAAAGUCUGUGCGAAGUAUGCCAAUGGAACGAACGAGUGCAUCGAGCAGUAUGAAGUCUGGCAGACUUCUCUCGUCACCAGGACUGCCACCACCACGACCUCCGUCAACAUUUCCACCACGAUCCAUGGACCGUCGCAAGUCAUUGUGGAGACUUUCGCUGCAAACAUCACCAACCAGAUCUCCACAUUUCAAAUGUCGACGGAUAUGGUGCUUGAGUACCAAACCGAAAUUGAGACGACCAGCAGGAGCAGUGUCACUCCUACCACCGCGCCGACGAGCUAUAUGACUGUGACAGUAGAGAAUGCUAGCGAUGGAGUUCCGGACUCGACGUGAGUUGGACAUUCGCUAUUGCACAGCGACAUGAGCUAACGGUUUUUGCAGGACGACUCGGACAUCGACCAUUCGGCGAACGAGUACUACCACUGUCUUCGUCGGCACUUCAACUGCUACGCUGCCAGACGAUCUUCUUACGGCAGCAAGUGCAGCAGCUUCUGCCCUUGAGACUGCUCUGCCAACUUCAACGUAGGUCUCAAAGUUGCAUAUUCUGUAUCACGUCCCUAAUCGAAUCAUAGUGAGUCGGUCGACUUUGUGAGCAUGCUCGGUAUUGCCACCGCUCGAUGAUGGAGUCUUGGGCGAUGAAGUUUCUACCUACGAUGGGACUACUGCUGUGCUUUUGCAAUUCACAUUUAUUAUGUAACUAUCUGCCUCAACACAAUGCAGUGCCCCGACAGUUGAGGAAGGUCGAGACUCGACAGUUCCGCAAUUUUUCUCGCCUUGGAUUGUUGAACAGGUUUGCGCUACGGAAGUUGAUUCUGGUUGCUUUUCCGCGAGUGCAAACGCAUCUCGCCACAUAAAACAGAUCACAGACGCAGGUCUUCCAAUCAAGGAGCGUCGACGACUUCGUCUCGCCCUGCCGUCACGGAUCGUAAUUCUUUUACCGAGAGCCCAGUGUCUGCGCCUGUACUUGCAUCCUGCACCUCAGUCAAUCCUGGCAUACAAAAGCACCGGCAAGUCUCUAACACAAUCCUCCAGCUUGUACUGCGCAAGAACAAAGAGACUGUUACGCAAAUGCAGGUCCUGUGUGCAAAGCGGCGACCUCUUGCGAACGCUGCUGUGAUGCGUCAAACCUCUUACCAAGCGCAGCAGCUACCAGCUUUCGCAAUGGUACAAACACUGAUUCUCGGGUAUCGUACUGCUUCAAGUCUUCACGUCGUCGUGAAAAGUUACAAUUGACAAAAACUUGCUGCAAGUGUCGGCUUCUGUUGCAAGUCUUGUGAAUGGAAGUUACCAAGAUUCGGAAAUCCCCUUUUCCGACAGAGGGGAAGGCAAUGAUAUAAAGACGUCCAUCCUACUGGCAUUCUUGUCGAUUCCUGACCGACAACAGGACAACUCUGCAAUACACUUCCAGCUCAAGCUUCUUGGAAAACAAACAUGCUCGCUCUCAGUCUCGUCCCGUUGCUGGCAACUUUCGCCACAGCAGCUCAGUAUUUCAACCUCAUCGGCCUUAGCAACGAUGAAGUCCGCAUCCCAUCAGCCGACCACCUGAUCACCUUUGACAUCUCCAACCCGGACGCGGACUACGACCAAGGCGGCUCCGACUACGCAACCUGCAAGCUCGAAUGGUAAAACAUCCCCUUACCUUUCAUACCUCUACAAUGCUAAUAUGGGGGAACCCCUAGGGAUUCCGAAUUCCCCCCAACCUGCUGGACAACAUGCAACAGCACCGGACCCGCCUGGUACGCCCGCAUCACGCCCUCCUACCCAUACUCCUACACGAACUUCUCGCUGGAUAUCCAGGAAUUCUACGAGACGGUCGAUGCCCCGGUGUUGAACAACGUUUCCGUGGCGAUUGAGAGUGGUGAGUGA